AAUGACCUUUGACGUCUUAGCUAAGGACACGGAAGAGACAUUCUAAAGAUGGCUUCCAACAAAGUUGCAGACGACAGUCAUCACAACUCUGACAAUAAACCAAGUUUUGUGCAUGCAGUAAAACUCCAAGAGAACCUCCAAACUCUGCAAAACGACGGACAUCUCUGUGACUUUACUUUAUGUGAAACACAUAAAGUCCAUCAUGUGGUCCUUGCAGCAAGCAGCCCAUUCUUUGAAGUUAAUGAAAAUCCAGAUGUUUCAAACAAUGAUAGUUUAGGCAAGCACCCAGAAAGAGCUGUCAAGGAGUUGAUAAACUACUUAUACACAUCAAAACUUCAGCUAACAGCCGACACAGUUGAUGACAUUCAUCUGCUUGGAAAACUUUUACAGUUGAGUUUUGUAGUGGAAAGCUGUGAUCGAUUCUCAAAAGGUAGCAAAGCCACGGUUUUCAGCAAUCCAUCCUUCGUAAAGGACUUUAUGCACAAACUAGAUGUUCUUCAAAAGGCAGGGAGUUUGUGUGAUGUGGACAUUUUGGUAGACAAGUGUACUAUCAAAGCUCAUAGGGUUAUACUUGCAGCUAGCAGUGACUACUUUAGGGCUAUGUUCACAAGCGGCAUGAAAGAAUGCGAGCAAAGUCAAGUUGAACUGCAUGGACUAAGUGCCAAGGGUGUCUCAUCAUGUAUUGAGUUUAUAUACAGCUCUGAAGUCAAACUUGAAGGUGUUGAGCAUGCGGAAAAUGUCCUGUCCACAGCUUGUAUGCUACAGCUUCCGCUAUUGGUGGAGCUAUGCUGCCAAUACCUUACAAAGACACUAGAUGUCAACACUUGUAUUCACAUUGCUAGUCUAGCCACUCUAUACAGUCUUAGUACUCUAAAGUCUGCUGUGGAUCUGUUCAUAUUCAAGAACUUCCCAAAGUUUUCUCAGACAGAACAUUUCCUGAACUUGUCAGCAGAUGAGUUGAUGUUCUACAUCGAUGAUGAUCGGUUGGAAGUUAAGAACGAACUCGAAGUCUUCAAUGCAGUUGUAAAGUGGGUCAAACACGAGAAAAAAGCAAGAGUGACUGAUGCAAAACGGCUGAUGAGUUGUGUAAGGUUUCCACUUUUGUACCUAGAAGAGCUAAGAGUGCAUGUUAUUGUGGUAGAUUUUAUGAUAGAGGAUAAGGGCUGCAAGGCUCUUAUUGAAGAAGCGAUGAUGUACCAUUCCAACCCUUACUUAGAAAACAAGCUACAGAACAGAAGAACAAAGGUUCGUUCCGAUAGCCCUUCUGUUGUCUUUGUUGGUGGAGAGUCGAAGGCAGACCAAAACGGGCAGAGACGUGAGGAUCGAUCAGAAGCGAGUGAAGUUUACAACAUGAUGUUCUGGGAGCAAGAAGCGGAGAAGGAUUUGGAGUGGCAGCCGUUAUGUACGCCUGGGCUAAUCAGAGCCAAUCACGCAGUAGCAGUUAUGGACGGGUUCCUGUAUUUGGCCGGAGGCUACGAAAUGCCGCAGUAUCUCAGUGUCGUUGGCAGCCUCAUCAACACGGCCGCCUGUUUCCGGUACGAUCCGCGGUUCGACAUCUGGCUGCACCUGUCGCCGAUGAAGUGCUCAAGAGGCAAUUUCUCGCUUUUACCGUGGAAGGGGAGACUGUACGCAAUCGGAGGCUCAAACGAUCGUCUCAAGACGCUAGCUUCUGUAGAGGCGUACACGACAGAAGUGGACAGCUGGGAGUUUGUGCGUUCGCUGGAGGAGGUGAUAUGCUACCAGGCAGCCUGUGUGUGUGAUGGAACCAUGUAUAUCUCAGGAGGCUACAAUGAUGAUGUGUUCACCAACCACAUGUUCACAUACAAUCCAACUCUUGGGGUUACCUACAGAGAACCCAUGCAGCAUGCAAGAUUCUUACACUCCAUGUGUUCUGUGGGAAGCACUACCAUCCUCGCUAUUGGUGGAAGAGCACGCGACAACAGCUUCAACCAAGUUGAACGUUAUGAUGUCACCACAGACGCCUGGACAACUCUGGCCCCCAUACCACUGCCCCGAAGCCUCAUGGGAACAGUGAUCAUCGGGAACAAGGUGUACGUCCUUGGAGGGCAGGAUCCUGAUAGGGAAAAGGAUGAUCCUACAGACUCAGUACAGAGUUACGAUGUAGAUAGAAAUGAGUGGAAGAUGGUAUCCAGAUUACCGCAUACACUUAGUGGUUUGGCUGCUUGUGCUAUACAUCUUCCAAGGAAAGUAAGGUAUAAGGAGAGGACCUAAGAACACACCCUAUGUUGUACUUGUACAUAUGUAUAAUCAGGCAAUUUUGUUUCAAUAAAAGUCAUAGAAAGACAAAAAAAUCUGAGAUUUCAGACUUUAAGGAGGUAUUUUUUUUUUUUUUGUGGCAUUCAAGGUUACAGACCUGGAGAAGUGUUUUGAGAACUGUGGUGUGAUUACAUGAUUUAAUUUAAUCGGGUAUUACACUAUUAGGUUGAAAUGUCUCUGUAAUAAGUUGAAUGCAACUGCAAAAAGAGUCAUAACAUGUGUAUAAUGGCAGUCAUUAAAGGUGUAUUUAUUGCAGCAUAGCAAAAAUGUGAUUCCAAGAAUUGCAUAGUUUUGUACUUGAAGUUCAUAACACUGUGAGGUCAACAAAAGCAUCAAUGGGCUUAACAACAGGACACCAGAACUUUGGCAAUCAUUAUGUGAGUUGUUGAGUUUUCAAAUUACAGAUUGUCAAAUAAGUAACAUUUAUUAUACAUUUAUUAUAUAAACAUAUACAUUUACUUCCAUGUCACUAAAUCAUACAUUUUAAUAAAACUUCAUUUCUUCCAAUCCCUCGUUUUUUCUUGUUGAAGUCAUAACAUUUCAUUUCUAAAACGUAUGGAAGCUCUUAAAUGUCAAUCCAAAUGAUUGAGGAAAAUAAAUUUCCAAAAACAUUGUGCAAAUUGAACUUAAAAUACAAUAUUUCAUAUCCAAGUCCCUAACUGCUGGGCCAAAACAUUCAAAUACAGUUAAAAUACUCUCUUAAAAAUCGUAAUCUUUUAUAAAAAAAUCUUUCGAGUACUACUUCUUAGCAAAAUUUCCUAAAUUUUAUGCUGGACUGUUCCUUAAAAAAUUUCAGAAAUAGGCCCAGAAUUUAACAUGUGGUACAAUCUCCAAACACAGUAGCAAAAACA